AUGUGCCUCAUCCUCUUCACCAAGUGCCCCGGCUGCGUCCGCAGCCUCGCCGAGACCGACGUCGAGGUCGUCGAGUUCUGCAGGAACAAGCAGGACGCCGUCCGCCGGCUCAUCGAGUCCGACUCGGCCGCCGUCGUCAACGACAUCGACGUAUUCAUGGCCUGCGACAUGCAGGAGAUCUGGGGCAUCGAGGAGUUCCGCCACCGCCUCACGCGCUUCCACCGCUGCAGCCCCUGGAACCACGUCGCGCCCACCUACGAGGCCAUCUACGAGAGCCUGAUCACCGCCGCCACGGCCCAGCUCGGCGAGGCCGACGGCCUGCCCUCCACCACGAUGAACGCGGGCCUCCAGUCCAACUCGCUGCUCUUCGAGGCGCACCCCCCCAUCCCCGAGGUGCGCCCGCUCUACACGGACAGGCAGGUCAUGUGGCUGCACACGCUGGUCCGGCAGCACCGCCGGGAGCGGCGCAACGCGACCUUGGGCCCCAUGGCCGCCGCGUUCCUCACGGGUCGUCUGCUGAUCUGGUACCAUGGACUCACCCCGGUGGGCGUGGUCAACCUCCGCAACAGCCUGCUUGCUGAACCGAUACCGACUUUCCCACAGCCGGUCGCGGGUCCUCCCCCUGCGUUUGCCCCCCUUGCUCCUUUUCCGGCGAACAGCGCCGCCAGCGCCGAGUCUCCGAGGAGGAACGAACAGGGUGCUCCUGUUGCUGGCGAGGCCAGCGUUGUUGUCGCCCAGGAUGGCGAGCAGGAGGAGAGUGCCGACCGCAGCGCUGGACCAGCCAAGGACCCUGCUGGCGGAAACAACGCCGAGAAGGCUGGACCUGACGACAAGCAGAAUAAGGACAAGAACCAACCGGCCAAGGUUGCUGCUCCGGGUGGAAAGCCCACCAAGUCUGGUGCUCAGGCUGGCGGACAGGGCAAACCUGCUGCUCAGCGAGGCCGACCCAAGGCCACUCCUCCCGCUGGAAAGAACCCCAAGAGUGCUGCCCAAGACGACGAUUCGGAGAAUGCUGCAGCUCGGCAAAUCGCACCUCCAGGCGACGGUCCCGGCAGCAACUCGAAGAAGCGCGCCGCCAAGGAGGACGGCCCUGCCAACCCGCCCGCGGCCAAGCCACCCCGCCGUGCCCGUUCCCGCGCCCCUGCCAAGUCAGCACCCCCUCCCGCCGCCGCCGACGACGACGACGCUGCUGCCGCCGGCCCGUCCAACCCCUCGCGCGGCAAGGCUCCCGCCGCCGCCGGUGGUGCCGCAGCAGCCAAGGACGGCAAGAAGCCUCGCGCCGCACCCCGCGGCAAGGCAGCUCGCUCUCGCGGCGUUGCCGCCGCUGCUGCCCAGGGCGCGGGUACGAAGCGCGGCAGGCCCCAUUCCGGGGAUGGAGCCGCGGAUGACGAGGAAGAUGAAGAUGAAGAGGGCGAGCGCCGGGGCUCGGUGUCGACUCCCAUCGAUCUGCGUUCUCCGUCGGCCCAGCCUCCCGUUGAUCUGUGUACUCCCUGA